UUACUUUUUAUUUUUGCCCCUCUUGAAUCCGACCAACGCUUUUUCGACAUGGACUUCAGCACUGACCUGGACGCGUUCAUUCAGGCCCAUGGCUUCGCGCUAGUUGCAGACAGCGCCAAGGGCCAGCGCACAGUUGCCACGCGGCGCUUCAGACGCGGCGACACGCUGUUUUCAAUCCGCCCGCUGUUUGGUUUCCCGAUCCGCACCGGCGAAGACGACGAGGAGAGCACCGACACUGCGGUGGGUGCGUCCAGCCGAUGUGCCAACUGCUUCGAUACUCUGCCAGCAAAGCGGCCGCAGUGCAGCCAGUGCCAUGCUGUGCAGUACUGCAGCAUGGUGUGCCUGAAGGAGCACUGGACGGCGCGUCACCAUAUCGAGUGUCAGCGGGUACCAGCCAGAGCUGUUGACGCAGAGUCCGCAAAGGUCAAGCCUGUAUUCCGUCCAUAUCUGCGCAUGCUGGUGGGUGUGGGCAAGGUUAUUGGGUUUGUCGGUGAAUGCAGGGCGAAGAAGCUGCCCGUGUGGCUGCGUGUCCAAGCAGCUGCCUGGGACCGGCUAGUCACACACCAGGAGCAGCAUCCGGCACACAUUCUCAGACAGUACAGCGAGAUUACACGAGUCGCCGAGAAGGGCGCCGGAACCGGUAGUCUGCCGUUCUCGGGCGUCGACGCUUUGUGCCGUUUCGGCUGCAACAACUUUGUUGCCUAUGACCAGCGUGUCCGGGCAUCGGGACACCUGUGCAGCCCGGUAACAUCAUUGUUGCUUAACCACAGCUGCUAUCCAAAUGCCGCCUUUGUUUACACCAAGGCAAGCGAGCAGCAGAUCGUGGCAUUGUCGGAUAUCAGCGAGGGUCAGGAGGUUGCGCUGGCGUAUGUGGAUGGGCUGAAGCCAAGGUCAGAGCGCAAAAAGAUCCUAGGCGACGUGUAUUUCUUCGACUGCGAGUGCCGCCGAUGCUUUGACACCAGCAAUGACCCUGUGGCCCAGAUCGACCGGCUGUUUGAUCGGGAUGUUGCCAGGGUGCAUGUUCCAGGAAACCUGCCCACGGAUUUCUCUACAGCCGCCCUCUCCGAGCCCUGGGUUGUGUCUAUCGUCUCUAGCCUCACUGCCUUGACCCUGAAGCAAAUAACUGCCCUAGACUUUUCCCAAAACUGUCUCAAUGCCGUGCAGAAUCUGCCUCCUCACGACUUCUCCUUCGUCGCAUACCGGCACUGGCUCGAGUGCCAGGACGAGUGCUUAGACUCGGCUGCAGCCAGUAUGCCGUGGGACUGGGCCUACAUCUCAGCGCUCUACAUUCUGGCGUACUAUGCGUGCGUGUACCCGCCAUUCCACCCGCUAGUUGGUCUGCAGUGCCUGGAGUGUGCAAAACUGGCGUGGAACUCGCUGCAGUCGGGCCCAAAGACAUGGAGCGACUCGACCGUCAGAAGCCUUAUCCUGACCGCGCAGGAGAUUUUGGCCGUCACCGAGGACCUGGACGGGGCUGGGCCGUCAAAUGCUGAAAAGCAGAUCUCGCUGCUUCUGAGCCAGAUCAACUGCGUGUAGCACUUGCAUGGCCAAUCCCCGCCUCUUUGACUGUUUACAAUAAAAUUUUCAUUUUUCUU